AACCCGCAGCAGAGGAAAAGACCCAUCAGAUCAAAGUGAUUCACCUCGCGGCUCGGAUCGGAAGUAGUUUUUUUUUGUGUGUGAAAAGUAGUAAUGACCAGCAACAGCAUUCUGCAGUCGGUUCGGGAGGACGAUUUCAUCGAGUACUGGCUGUUUCCGACCGGUCUGGAUAGGAAGGAUGUGUCGCUGGAGAACUGCGACUCCCUGCUCGAAGCGCUCCGAACGGAGGUCAACAAACUGGCCGCGGAUUACUGUCAGCGAUACAUUUGGCACCGGGAUGGGUUCAAGGUCGCUGCCCGGAAGGGUGAUCGCUUGCAGCGGUUGCUCCUCGAGGCCAGCGAAGUUCAGGAAGAGAAUAAAGCUCAGCUACCGCCGCAUCUGUACGGGAUCACACACUACGGUGACAACGUGCAAGACGAAUGGUUCAUCGUCUCGUUGCUGUUCCAUCUUACCCGGCGCAUUCCCGGUCUGUUGGCCAGGGUGGUCGAUUCAGACGGGGAAUUCCUGUUGAUCGAAGCCGCCGAACACCUGCCCCGGUGGGCCAACCCGGAGCGAUGCGAAGACCGAGUCUUCGUCUACGAUGGCGAACUGUAUCUUGUGGGGGCGGAAGACCAGAAGGAUGCCUUCCCAAUGGAACGGGUCAUGCAGGAGCUGAAUGCGGCGGCUACCCGUUCCAAGUGGAUCGUUUCUAAAAAUAUUAAAUCUUGCAUUGAAGAACGGACUCGGGACUUCCCGGACAAGAUCGAGGAAAACCAUCACCGGGCGAAUCUGUUCGUCCCGGUUGGAGUUGCCGCUGCUUUGAAAGAGAACCCUCAGCUCGUAUCGGCUGCGGUUCUAGCGUUCUGCAAUCGAGAUCCCAUCGAUCUUAAGGCCUGCCAGGCGAUGAGAUUUUUCCCACCGGAAAGCUGCGUCUACACCAGUGCCGUGUUCACCAGAUGUCUGUAUGCUAUGUUGGUGCACAGUAACUACCUGCCGGAUCGCAGGACCGGUUGGAGUCUACCGUUGGCUAGCGAUCCGAAUCAUAAGGCGCACAUGUUGGGCCUGAAGCUAGCUUGUGGAUUUGAAAUUCUGGCAUCGCAGGCAAAGUCCUCGCAAUCCCUGGAAGCAGAUAAAGGCUGGAAGAGCUACUUCGAGUCGUUGAAGGGAAAAGGUUACUUCCAGGAGAACAUCGAGGGAUCUCAGGAAUACACACGACUUUUGGGAAUAGCCAAGGAAUACUACCAGGAGAAUCGUGAUUCGAUGAGAUUCACACCUAAGAUUGGCGAGGAAAUUGUCUCGAUUCUUAAACGCAACGACUACGAUCCAGACGAGUUGCGUCAGCAGGGAAUGAACCUGCCGGCUCCGGACGAUGACAGUUGGAUCAACAUAUCCCCCGAGGAGCUUGACCAGAUGCUCACCGAGCGGUACGGUACCCGGCAUCUGUUUUCGUUGAACGGAAAUACCAACCCAGAGACAUUUACCAGCAUGGUGAACGACUUCCUGGAACAGAAGAGUGAAUUCGAUGGUGUCGAUCAGGACGCUGCUGCUGCUGCUCUGCUGGAUGUGGGAUCGGUCAAACCGAUCAAGCCAAAGCGCACCAAGAGCAAAGGUAAGGCGGACGUACUGAACAAUCUCCCUCAGCCAUCUCCUCUGCAUCAGCCGAUCGAUUUUGACCCGGAUGCCUUCGGUGGCCAUGUCAAGCAUAUGCUGGAUCUGGUGAUCCCGGAGGAUCGUUGGGACUCCUCGGAUGCUUCCGAUAUGAGCGACUACGAUGAAGACGAAUACGAUCAAAAUAUUGAAGACAUGUCUCCGAACCGAACGGCGAAAGCCGUCAAGAACGAGCUCCAAACCUAUAUGGAUCAGAUGGACCAGGAGCUUGCAAAGACCGCUAUCGGCAAGAGUUUCGAAACGGACCUCAACGAGCCAAACCAAGGGGAGGGACAAACCACGCGGCAGUCGGACGUGGAUGACUUUGAUGAUAUCGAAAGUUUCAAACCGGUCAAUAUCGACGUGAAUGUGUUGAAGAAUAUGAUGGAAAGCUACCAGUCGCAGAUUGGCGGUCCGGGUCCGGCUGCUAAUCUUUUGGGAUCCAUGGGUGUUCAACUUUCCAGGGCUUCCAGCGGACCGGGAGGACCGUCGAGGCCGAAAUCAGGGAACACGAAACAAACGGACGUGUGAGCUGUGCAGUGAUGCUCACCGAUGCUUCCGCUUCUUACCGAAAGCUUGUCUCCGUCUCUUAUCGCAUGUCGCAAUCAGUUUUCUAAUUAGAUAGAUAAAUAAUAAGAAACGUAUCAAGAUUUAUUGGAGCAUUGUAGUGUCUGUCGACCCUCUGUUAGAGCAACGAUUUUCCUACCUUCCGGCAUUAUUGGAUCCUUAGAAUCAUAGUUAGCAAUAGGUACUUAUAACAGUGCACAAGGAUAUGAAAGACCAACCAGUUUAUCACGGCGGAAUGUAUUUUGACAGCACGUAACUAUUUAGCGCUUAAGUAUUAGAAAUAUGAAGGCCAUACGGACAUCAGCUCUUUCUAUAUUGUUAGGUUGGAUAUGUUGCAGGAUAUAAGAUGAGAUUUUUAACCGGUAGUCACAUUUCCCAUAGGCAGAGGGUAAACCUAAUGGUGGAGUGUGAUGCAUUUUUACCUUGAGCUACCUUUAUAAGAUAGGUAAAAAUAGAUCUGCUUGAAUGUCUUUUGAUAAGGCUUGUUAAUGCAAA